AUGGAGUACUCCCGGGAACAGCGUGCCGAGCAGCGCGCGCGGCAGCAACAAGCGAGCGACCCAGAUACGACGACCAUCGCACAGGACUGUCAGGACCAUAACACGAGUACGAAGAACCCUACGGCUUCCUCAUAUAUGAUGUACCGGAAAGCUCUCGUCAUUGCCACGCCAGACCCGGAGCCUGAUCCAGCAGCACCCACGCAGAUAGGUAAUUAUAAGAGCAAGAAAAAGGCCGGCGGAAAGGAAAAGGCAGCUUCCAGUCGACCUCGACCUCGACCAAGUAACGACGCAGCCCUUUUGCCAGACAAGAUCCUCGCAGAGGCCAAGCCAGGCGAUCAAAAGGGGUUCGCGCGCAGCAUCGGCAUGACACCGACUCAAUUGAAGGUGUGUGAGCGCAUCAAGUUCGACGUCGUGGUGCAGGGGAGCUGGUGCAAAUACAGCCAGAACGCCGGCCUCAAGGCCAAGUUGGUGGCGACGCGGAGUCGGGAGCUGGUGGAGGCAAGUCCGCGGGACAGGGUGUGGGGGGUUGGCAUCGCGGCCGAGUUCGCGGAGGGCAGAAGGGCGGAGUGGGGGAGCAACCUGCUUGGGAAGGCGCUGAUGAAUUACGUUGACUACGUUGACUACAUUUCUUUCCCGGACACCUUCUGUAAAGAUGUCCUCCCCGAGCUUGCCUUCUUUGUGGCGCGGACAUUCAACGAUCGCUGCCGUACCUCUGGCAAAGACGAAGGUUACGAUGGUCCGAGGAUGCUGGAUGGGAUGAUCGAGGACAAGCUGGCCGAGGUCACGAAGUUCGGGAAUUUGUUGGAGAGGGAGAUGGCGAGGUUAACUGAGACUGUGCAGUCAGCCGCUACGGGCGAAGACGAAGACGCAGAAGAGGAGAGUGUGAGUAGGGUGUUUGUGGUGGAGCAGAUGUUGCAUAUGCCACCUCAGGGGAUGAUUUAG